GGAUUGCCUCGCCCCGCCAGGCCGCCAACCACCACAAACGCUCGCCGGCUUCCCCCCACACUCGACACCCCUACUCCCCGCGCAUUUCGUCGAGCACGAUGGCCGCCCUCCUCCUCUUCUCUCGCCUCCCCGCCACCACGGCCCCCGCCUCCACCUCCGCUCCUCGCCUCACUUCCCAGUUCCUCUCCUUCUCCACCACCACCAAGCCCUGCCGCCGACGAGGCCGUCUCCUCGCGUCCUCCGCGCCGCCUCCGCCCGUGCCCUCCCUGGCCGCGGCCCAGCCCUUCCGCUCCCUGCUCCCCUCCGAGACCACCGUCCUCGUCACCGGCGCCACGGGCUACAUCGGCCGCUUCGUCGUCCGCGAGCUGCUCCGCCGCGGGCAUCGCGUCCUCGCCGUCGCACGCCCCCGCAGCGGAUUGCGCGGCCGAAACUCCCCCGAGGAGGUCGUCGCGGACCUCGCCCCCGCCCGCGUCGUCUUCUCCGACGUCACCGACCCGGCCGCGCUCCUCGCCGACCUCUCCGAGUACGGCCCAGUCCACGCCGCGGUUUGCUGCCUCGCCAGCCGCGGCGGCGGUGUGCAGGACUCGUGGCGCGUCGACUACCGCGCAACGCUCCACACCCUCCAGGCCUCCCGCAGCCUGGGCGCCGCCCACUUCGUCCUCCUCUCGGCGGUCUGCGUCCAGAAGCCGCUACUCGAGUUCCAGCGCGCCAAGCUCAAGUUCGAGGACGAGCUCGCCGCCGAGGCGGCCCGGGACCCCGCCUUCACCUACAGCAUCGUCCGCCCCACCGCCUUCUUCAAGAGCCUCGGUGGCCAGGUCGAGACCGUCAAGAAGGGCCAGCCCUACGUCAUGUUCGGCGACGGCAAGCUCUGUGCCUGUAAACCCAUCAGCGAGGAGGACCUCGCUGCCUUCAUAGCAAACUGCAUCUUCGACGAGGAUAAGGCCAACAAGGUACUCCCAAUUGGAGGGCCGGGGAAAGCUCUCACCCCUAUGGAGCAAGGGGAGAUGCUGUUCAGGCUCCUGGGGCGCGAGCCCAAGUUCAUCAAGGUGCCAAUUCAGAUCAUGGAUGGUGUCAUCUGGGUGCUCGAUGGACUGGCCAAGGUGUUCCCUGGCUUGGAGGACGCGGCAGAGUUUGGCAAGAUCGGGAGGUACUACGCAUCGGAGAGCAUGCUGGUGCUGGACCCGGAGACCGGGGAGUAUAGCGACGAGAAGACACCGAGCUAUGGCACAGACACGCUCGAGCAGUUCUUCGAUAAGGUGAUAAGGGAAGGAAUGGCAGGGCAGGAGCUCGGUGAGCAGACCAUCUUCUAAGCCUGUGUGCUUGCCAGUUUCCAGGGCUUGUAAAUUCAGGGCGAGAGUGUACAAAGAUAUGAUGGAGAAUAUCUCAAUUUCUCUAGUUUCUGCCGUUCAAGCAGAAACGUUGCAGACACUAUCAAUUGUCUAAGCACAAGUUUCAGUCAACCCCUGUACCAAAUGUCUUAUUGGUUCAUGAGUAAUUGCAGUGAAAGAUCCACAGUUUAUAAACAGCAGAGGAGAUUCUGAAGAUA